AUGACAGAUUCACGAUCUUAUAAAGAAAAAUACUACAAACUAAAAGAAAAAUUCGAGAAUCUUAAUAAGCAAAAGGAAGAUUUAAAACAUAGUUUAGAAGUCAAUAAACACAGGUCAAGAAGAUUAAAAGAAGAAAAUAAUAGCAGUUCUUCUGAUGAAUUAUUAUCGGAUGCAACUUCUGAAGAUGUUGAAGAUGUUCCAAUGCAAGCUACUAAUAAAUACGAGCAACCAAAGCAAACUUUAACAAAAGAAAGUAAAAGAAAAGUGACAUCUCCAUCGUCAUCAUCUGCCCGUAAAACAACAACAACACGCCCAUCACCACCACAACCAUCAACAGCGUCUUUUUCAUCUACAAAAUCUUCCGGUAAACGUAAAGCUGAAGAAUCUGUUCCUGUUGAAGAAGCCCAAACACAAAAACGUCGCCGUAAACCAACAACUGUUAAGAAGAAGCGUGACGAUCGUACUGAUGCCAAGAGAAUUGAGCCAUUACCUAUGAACCCUGAUGAUACGCUAAAAUUACCUGUAACAAUUGGUAAAGGAACCAACGAAGUCUCUAUUCAUAGAAUAGGUGAGAUUGUAUGGGAUAGAGAAGCUUAUCACACUAAUCGUUAUAUAUUUCCUGUUGGUUUUAUGAGUAAAAAACAAUAUUUAAGUGCUGUUGAUGUUACUAGAAGGACAACUUAUACAAGUGAAAUUUUAGAUGGUGGUGACACUCCAAUUUUUCAAAUUACAGCAGAGGAUCAACCAGGACGUAAGUUUAGUGCAAGUUCGUCAAGCGGUGUCUGGAAAAAAAUCCUUGAUGAAAUUAAUGUACAAGGCGUUCCUUCAAAAACUCAUGCAAGUGGUCCUGAAAUGUUGGGUCUGAGUCACUUAGGAAUCACAAAAUACAUACAAGAAUUGCCUGGAGCAGAAAAAUGUACAAAAUAUGUUAUGCAAAGAUGGGUAGAUGACGAUGAUGAUCAUGAGAAUGAAAAUAACGAUGUUGAUAAUUUUAGUAAAAUUUCUAAUAAAGUUUCUAAAUCCACAAAUGGUUAUCAUUAG